AUGGCGGCGGAGCCCGGGCGCCAGUGGGUGCAGGCCCGCAGCGCGUACGCGGCGAGCGAGGCGCUGCGGCGCGGCGCUGCCCGCCGGCGGGAGCCCACAGCGCAGCCCAACGGGCCGGGCCAGGAGGACGCCCGGGCCCCAGGCCGCCUGGCCCGACUUCGAGGCCAGCUUCGGGAGAAGGCGGCGCCGCGGCUGCUGCGGUUGGCGGAGCACGCGAUGGAGGCGGAGGCGAAAGGGCCCAGCGCGAAGAGCGAGGCGCGCGGCGGCGGCUCCGUGUGCUCCGUGUGCGGGGAGCCACGCGGCGGGGCCACCUACCCGGCAGGAGUCCUGGAGGUGAGCGAGCAGCGGCUGCAGGAGGGGCUGGCGGCCAUGCGCGCCGAGCUGGGCGCGGGGCUCGAGGCGCUGCGGGAGGAGCUGCGGGCCGAGCUGGACGCGUUGCGCGCCCUGCUGCCGCCGCCGUCGCCGCCGCCGCCCCCCGCGCGCCGCGAGCCCCGUGAGCCCCGCGCUGCCCCGCGCGCACACGCGCUCCGCGGCCCGGGCCUGCUGCGGGCGCUCGGCACCGUGAACGCCCUGGUGGCUGCCUCGAGAUCCACAGACGAUGGCCCCGACGGCCCCGCAGACGGCGCUGCGAACCGAGCCCCGGCCCGGAAGAACCUCAAGAAGACACCGGUGCCGCCCGGCGCCCCGGCAGGUGGCGGGGACUGAGGGCGGUCGCGUGCCCGGAGCGAUCAGCCCAGGGGUUCUGGUGCCGUCGGGAGGGGGCGAGAGCCCUGCCCCGUUGUGGUGUA